GAUAUGAUAUACAUAGAUACAUACGUAGAUAUACAUAGAUAUAAUGUACAUAUUGGAACAUAUGGAUGUUUGCUGAUUAUAAUCUCAUUUGUCUCAGCAAACAUCCAUAAUGCUCCUUCCUCCUCCUAUUUGCUCCACAACAACAUCCCUGUGAGGUGGGCUGGUCUGAGAGAAGGGCUGGCCCGAAGAUGGCUUAGCCAUGGGCUCCCUUAAACCAUGAGCCGCCCUGAGUCUUCGGAGAGGGGCGGCAUAUAAAUUGAAUUAAAUUGAAAUGAGUGUUGAGCAAGGCCUGUGACUCAAACUAUGUCACUGGCACAAGGAAUAAAAAAUACAGGAAUGUUAGCUUUUAAUCUUGGGCGAUGUUUUGCCCAGCCUUUUCCUUCUAACGUAGAUAUUUUCUGGGUGAUGGUUUUAUGUUCUUGCUUUUUUUUCCCCCACCCCAAUAUGGCUAGCCAUUCAAUUGCAGAUGGAAAGCCAUAGUUAUUUCUUUUUAAAGAAAUGAAAUAAAUACAGCCAGAGGGAUCAUCUCUUUAUUUCCCCCCUUUCAAACCAGGUCCUGGAUUGUUUGUUUGUUUGUUUUUUUAAAAAAAUCUGGGAUGGAGUCGACAACAUCUUGAUGGGGCACGAUAAUUUUUUAAAACUUGAUUUUUUAAAAAAAAAAAUUUCCAGGGCUUUUUAGGUGGAAGAGAGGACGAGGUUUCUGCAUUCAUGGAGAAAAAUCUUACCUUAAUGACGAAGGGGAUCGGCGAGUUGCGGAAGACGAGUUCCCCCCAACAGACGCUUCUGUGGAAUCAUCCAGGCAGUGACAAAAUUCAUCCCAGUAAAGCGUUUCACGCUGUCAGACGUUACUAUGAGAAACAGGCCGAGGAACAAAGGAAGAUGUCCAAUAUACCAAGUGAUUUUUCCGAUUCAUCGUUGCUGCAGAAAUGCUUCUUGAAACGGCCCGGAUGUCCUCAGUAUUGCAACCAGGCGACAUCAGCACCGCUCCUUGUGAGCAGCAUUUCCAGAUUUGGGGAUCUCCCUACCAACCUCAGCACCAUGAGCCUGACUUCCCAGAUAUCCAUGGACGACUGGAAUUCCCUGAUCCAAAAUCCCGACGUUUGGGACUCAAGGAGUCGCAUCAGAUUUUAUCCCUCUUCCUCCUCGGAGAUUGUGUUGCCCAAAUGGAAGAGCUUCACAGAAGGCAUGGUCCCCCCAGGCCAGCUUAAAGCCCGCUCCGGGAACCGGAUGCCCUGGUACAUCCCCGUGCUUCAUGAGAAGGAUCUGAGUCUUAAUAGGCUGGAGGAAGAGAUUACCCGCCUGGCUCCUUUUGAAGCCGAGUGUAUCCGGAAGGACGGCGUGAUCGCCGUUCUGCGGGAAGAGGUCCAGGCAAUGCACAAACAGCUGGAGCAGCUCCUGAAAUGGCAGGCCUCUAUUUUAGGGAGAACUUCGGAAGAGAAGCGUGCCAAAGCGGAGCCUUCGUCCGAAUGGGACCUGACCCAGCUGUCCACGCAUGGGGUCUGCCCAUCGUCCGACCUCGGGCAGAAGAGCAUUCCCUCGGUCUACGUGGACCAGGUCGACCUUUCGGAAGACUCGAGUCAAGAUUUCGAGCGCCUGAAAGAGCUGCUGAGCCGGUCGGAGCAGGCGCUGGAUUCGAAAGCGCUGCUUGUGAAGAAAGAGCUCUUAAAAGAGCAGGGGGAUCUGGACCACUUCGAGAAGGAGAAAUCCUCUACGAAGAGGCUGAGAAAGCGCGAGAACGAGUACGAGCUGGCUAGCGAGUAUAGAGUAGUAGAGUGCCCUGCUGCCCUCCCGCUUGUUUCUCCAGGCGCGAUUUCAUCCCUGCAACGAGAGUUGUCCUUCGGGGAAUCCCAACUCCGGAAAGCUGAGGUGGAGAAAGAAUCUUUGCAGAAGGAACUCCGGGAACGAGGCGAACAGCUGGAGGCCAUGUCGAAUAAGUUUUCCAACUUGCGGGAGGAGAGGAAACAUGAAGAAAUGAUGGGCACCAUCGAGAGAGAGAAUUGCAAACUCCGACAGGAGGUGACCAAGCUGGAAGUCCAGCUGGCAGACAGAGACCAGGCCAUCCACACUUUGCAAACCAACGUCCAGCAGCUUCACUCCGAGUUACUGGUGAACCAGCAUCGGGCUGGGAAGCAGCUGAGCAGCCAGGAUGAACUCCAGAAGCAGCUGGAGAUUUUGCAACGGGCGGAACAGCAGACCAGAGUCACCCUGGAGAGCGUCAGCGCCCGGUUUGAAAGGUUCCGCAGCAAAAUUAUCCAAGCCGCUUACAGCACCCCCGGCACCAAGUCCCCGCAGGCAGAAAUCGCAGACGAAGAGAUUUUAGAGGCCUUGCAGAAAAUCAUAACCGACCGUCUCGACUUCCACCAAAUGCUGAAGCAGAAAGGCGUCAAGGUCCCGUCGCUCAGCUCCGAGCCUGCCCCACCGCCGACUCAUAAGAAAAAAGCCGGAGGGAAAUAAUAAACCCCCCCUUUUUUUAACCCCCCCCCCCAAAUAACAUCUCUCGACUUUCUUAUUCUGCUCCCGAGCUGUUCCUUUUCUUGUCUCCAAUUAAACGAUGGCACUCAUGUUUUUUCCCCCCUUU